AUGCUCACUGCAACCACCGCAGGCUGCAGCGGCAAGCGGCAGCGGACGGAGUUUGUGCCGCUCAGCGAAUUUGACGAACGGGACUUGAUCUCGGACUACAACUUCCUGGAAGAGGCCGCGCAGCUGGCUGACUCAGCUCAGCGCAGCAGGCAGCGACUCAGUAGUGCCCAGGGGCCUGACAUUGCAGCUGUGAGGCAGCUACAGCACCAGGCUCGGCUGCGCAACAUGGACUGGCGGGCAGCACCGCCGGGCAGCGAGGCGCGGCAGCUGAACGGCAGCUGCUACGACGCCCACAAGCGGCGGCUGAUGUGGCGGGUGACAUGGCGCUUUGACGGUGCUGACUACUCUGCCACUGACGAGAAAUUGGACGAGCAGACAAAGCUAGCGGAUGCGCUUGCACAGCAUCUGAAGCUGGCGCCAGGGCAGGCACAAAGGCAUGCGCUGCUGAAGCAGUACGCUGAAGCUGGCCCCCAGCAGCUCACCAUGCUUCUCAAACAGGAGGGCCGGCCGGCUGGCUCGUCUGGGGAGGCGUACCAUCGGCUGAUGCCCAAUCACACGCUGCGGCUGGCGCUGGCGCAGAAGACAGUCAUAGAGCAUCCAGUCAUCCUCCUUGUGCUGCCCAGCGAACUGCCCAAGUAUGACAUUCUCAAACCGGGCGAGCACCGCUCAGGAACAGUCUAAAGAGUCUUUCCAACCGUGAGAUAACCAGAUGGUCUUUUUAUUCAGAGCUGUGCAUCAGCAUCUGUCUGUGCAUGUCGAAUAGGAUGGCAGCUGGCCAAGCUUCAAAUUGACAUUCAAGUUGAUGGUUGAAUGAUUCAACACCACGUUUGUUGGUUGUCACUCGUUGCCAUCCCCUUGAUGUAGGUGUUUUGAUUGGAUGUUUUGGGGAUGCGUGCUUAAGAAGGGAUCACAGAUGAGCAGCUGGCUGCAAUUGCUGAGACCGUCUUGAAACACCGAGAGCUUGCGUUGGUUAAAAAGGUCUUGAAUAAUAAUUUUGACGAUCCCUUA